GCCUGCGUCCUCAGCAAGCUGGUGCAGCUGCCCACCCCCCCUCUGUCCAAGCACCAGCUCAAACGGUUGGAAGAACACAAGUACCAGAGCGCCGGGAGGUCCCUGCUUGAGCCCCUCACAGGCUACUGUGAGUGGCUUGUGGGGAGAGUGCCGUCUUGGAUCGCCCCCAAUCUAAUCACCAUCAUUGGACUGCUAAUAAAUAUAGUCACAACUCUGCUGUUAGUAUAUUACUGCCCAACAGCUACAGAGCAGGCACCUCCCUGGGCAUACAUUGCUUGUGCCUGUGGCCUUUUCAUCUACCAGUCCCUGGAUGCUAUAGAUGGAAAACAAGCAAGAAGGACAAAUAGCAGUACUCCAUUAGGAGAACUUUUUGAUCAUGGCUGUGAUUCACUUUCCACAGUCUUUGUGGUUUUGGGAACUUGUGUUGCUGUGCAGCUGGGGACGAACCCUGACUGGAUGUUCUUUUGUUGUUUUGCUGGAACAUUCAUGUUUUACUGCGCCCAUUGGCAGACGUACGUCUCCGGGACCUUGCGCUUUGGCAUAAUUGAUGUGACUGAAGUACAAAUCUUCAUAAUAAUCAUGCAUUUACUGGCAGUGAUUGGAGGACCACCUUUUUGGCAAUCUCUGAUCCCAAUACUGAAUAUUCAGGUGAAAAUCUUCCCAGCUCUCUGCACGGUUGCAGGAACUAUUUUCUCCUGUACAAACUACUUUGGUGUGAUCUUCACGGGGGGAGUUGGCAAAAAUGGAUCCACUAUAGCAGGAACCAGUGUCCUCUCCCCUUUCCUUCACAUCGGCUCCGUGAUCGCCUUGGCUGCCAUGAUCUACAAGAAGUCUGCUGUGCAGCUCUUUGAAAGGCACCCCUGCUUGUACAUCCUUACUUUUGGCUUUGUGUCUGCCAAGAUAACAAAUAAACUCGUGGUUGCACACAUGACCAAGAGUGAGAUGCACCUGUAUGACACAGCUUUCAUAGGCCCAGCACUGCUGUUCCUGGACCAGUAUUUUAACAGCUUUAUCGACGAGUAUAUUGUGCUCUGGAUUGCCCUGAUCCUUUCUCUCUUUGAUUUGCUUCGAUACUGUGUCAGUGUGUGCAAUCAGAUUGCUGCCCAUCUGCACAUCCACGUGUUCAGAAUCAAGUCCUCCUCCUCCUCCUCCUCCAUGCAUUCUAAUCACCAUUAGUGAACUGGGGAGUCACCGUGUGGAGAAACACAAGAGAGUUGGUUUUCUACAUGAAUGGAUGUGGUGAGAAGUAGGAGACUAAGGCAAAAAGCAGAUUAAGAACCAAGUAAUUUAUAAUAAUCAAUGUCAUAUAACUUCUCUUCUUUAUCAGUAACACUCCUUAACUAGUCUCCUGCCUGAGGGAGUGGAUUCCAAGUGCACAGUAGUCAACUCUACAUGUAGUCAACUCUGUUGGUUGAAGGCCUGGGAAGCAUGCAGGGAGGAACUCUGUCUUUGUAAUUCCCUUGAUUACAAAAUAACCCAUCUAUGGUGAAUGGAUCCCCCAACAACUGAAGUUUCUAAUGUAGUAUAAUUACAGCUGCAAUACAACUUGCUUUUAAUUUUAAUAUUUCAUCAUCUCUUAGUGAAAUCCUUGUUUAGUGUCCACUUGAAAUUUAUUUACUAAAGACCUGAGCUGGUAAAACCAGAGAUAUCUCACUAGCUUGUGUGGCUGAAGCAGGGUUGGAGUCCAGGCUGGUGUGGUUCUUUUGCUUCUGCAUUGCUGAUCAGAGCAAUUCCUUGCUGAGGAAUAAUGGCUUGAACAGGGUGAGGGGGAAGGGGUGACCAGCAUGCAAAAUAGUGUGGUAUCUUUGUCAAUUAAUUUUAUUUUUUUAAAUAAACAUUAUCUAAAAAGAAAAAAACUUAUUUCUUGAUUUUCUUCAG